GUAUAUAGAGGACGACUGGACGAGAAUGAUAGCGUGGAGUGGACCUCGAAGGGGAUCAAAGCUCUGAACUCUCGUCUCCGGACUCCACACCUGCAACCACAGUGUCGCAUCUGAAAACCUGUAACCCUUUUUUUUCCCUGAGAGAGAGAGAGGAAUUUUCAGAAUGCCGCAGGUGAAGAUCAUUGCUAAGAAUUUCAUGGACAUGGUCGCCGCUUUACCUGCGAUGAAGCUCGACAAGCUUUAUGAUAAUACUUUCAUCUGCGAAGCUGUUCUAAGGUCUUUGCCACCUCUUGCCAAGAAGUAUGCUUUACAAAUGCUAUACAUUGAUGUCCCAGUACCUGUUAAGUCAAUGGAAGAGUGGGUACUUCCGGAUGGAUUUUCUAAGCACAGAGUUGCCAUUGAUAGGCUAAUACAAUUAAGGGUAUUUAUCGAGAAUACUGACAGGAAAAGGGAAACAUCUUAUCUGCUACACCCUAAGUUUAAGAGCAAUCUUCAGAAGUAUCUAGUAUAUGGUGGAGUUUUACCUAGGGAACCAAUGCCUUCAAAUAUCACUGUGAGGCUCCCAACUCUGGAGGAAUUAGAUGCCUAUGCACUUGAGCAAUGGGAGUGCUUCUUGCUACAACUCAUUAGCUCAUCCCAUGCUGAAAGGCUAACAAACUUCAGCCCUUCUAUGAUGAAAGUUUUCCAGCGAGGUCUUUUAAGUCAGAGAGAGAAAGGACCAAGGCUAACUGAGAGUGGUUUCCAGUUCUUGUUGAUGGAUACAAAUGCACAACUUUGGUACAUUAUCAGAGAAUACAUCUCUAAUUCAGAGGACCGAGGUUUGGAUCCUGCAGAUUUGAUUUCAUUUCUCUUAGAGCUUAGCUUCCAUGCCACAGGAGAGGCCUAUAACAUAAACACCUUGACUGAGAUUCAGAGAAGCAUUAUCAAGGAUCUUGCAGACUUAGGAGUAGUCAAACUUCAACAGGGUCGAAAGGAAAGCUGGUUUAUUCCUACUAAAUUAGCUACUAAUCUUUCAGUUAGCUUGUCGGAUUCAUCAUCACGCAAACAGGGACUUGUGGUUGUGGAAACAAAUUUUAGGAUGUAUGCAUACUCAUCAUCUAAACUACAUUGUGAGAUUUUGCGCCUUUUUUCAAGGGUUGAAUAUCAACUUCCAAAUCUUAUAGUUGGAGCAAUAACAAAAGAAAGUUUAUAUAACGCUUUUGAAAAUGGUAUCACAGCAGAACAGAUAAUUUCUUUCCUUCAGCAGAAUGCACAUCCUCGAGUUGCAGAGAAGAUACCAUCUGUACCGGAGAAUGUUACAGAUCAGAUUAGGCUGUGGGAAACUGAUUUGAACAGAGUUGAGAUGAUUCCUUCGCAUCUCUAUGAUGAAUUCCCCUCAAAGGGAGUUUUUGAAGCUGCCUGUGAGUUUGCAAGAGAAAAUGGUGGAUUGUUAUGGGAAGAUCCCAAAAAGAUGCGCAUAGUGGUUAAAGGAGAGAUACACAUGCAGAUGCGAGAAUUUCUCCGCCAUCAAAAGCAAUAGUCAAAUUAUGUAAUGAACUUCCGUUAUUCCUGUCAUAUUGCUGCUAAUAAAGAAGAAAAGGGUGAUGAAAUAUGAACUGGAUGAAAGAUGGCAAAUCCUCGUGCUCCAGUUAAUCCAGAAAACUUUAUUCGAUUGGCAUGGGUGGACAGCACAGGUUCUUGAACGUUGACGGCAGAAGUUUCUCGGAGGAGACAAUGUGGGUUAGAUCAGGCUGGGCCAGGAUAGAAAUGAAAAGCGUCUUUUGAGUUCUAACUCUAAAGUCAGAGAACACGGACAAUCUUCCAUAUUGACCAUAAUGAGCACGAUAUCCUAUACCUCUUACUGUCUUGUGCAAAUUCCAAUAAAAAAGCUUUUUAAUGUUUGGUAAGAUAGAAUUGAUGGGCAAUUUUUUUAAAUUAGCUAAUUGACAAAUUAUACCCUUAUUAUUUACCUAUUGUCUUAAAAGUAUCAUUAUUGUAUCUGACAAUUGAUUAAUCCUAUCUUUGCUGUUAGCAUC